UGAAGAGUGCUAGGGAAAGAUGGCGGCCCCCAUGACCUGGAGGAGACUUGUGUACUCUGUGUACACACCGGCUCUGUCCGGGGUUUUCAGCAGAAUCUCGGACCGGUUAUUCAGGACGCAGGACAGGAGGAGAGGGUCCUCUCUGCUUCUCCUGGCUCCUCUCCUGGCAGAGACUGACACCACACCUGCCUCCUCAAGGCCUCCAGGCUCUACAGGAGCUGCAGGACUACACUCCCGCUUCCACUGGAUCGCUGAACAUGUGCCGGCCUUCAGGGUGCCCGGGGGCCGCAUUCACAUCCUUCACUCUCCGGAUGAGUUCUAUCAGGCGAUGAAGGCACGUAUCAAGACUGCCAAGCGACGAGUGGUGAUGGCGUCCUUGUAUCUCGGCACAGGACCACUGGAGCAAGAUCUUGUGAAUUGUAUGGAAGAGGCUCUUGAGCGCUCUCAGGAAGACACUGCUGCUAAUUUGAAAGUCUCUAUACUGCUAGACUACACCAGAGGAUCUAGAGGAAAGAACAAUUCUCGCACCAUGCUGUUGCCUUUGCUGCAGCGUUUCCCAGAGCAGAUGAGAGUAUGUCUGUAUCACACUCCAGACCUGCGUGGGUUGCUGCGCCUUUUAGUCCCUGAGCGCUUCAAUGAGACCAUUGGCGUGCAGCAUAUCAAAGUUUAUCUUUUUGAUGACAGUCUGAUCAUCAGUGGGGCAAAUCUCAGCGAUUCAUACUUCACUAACCGGCAGGAUCGUUACGUGCUGUUGGAGGGUUGCAGAGAGGUUGCAGAUUUCUUCGCUGAGCUCGUGCGAGCUGUGAGUGAUGUCUCAUUACAGCUUGAGUCGGAUGACAGCGUCCACACAAAGGAGGGAAUGGUACAUCCUUACAAAGGUAAUCGCACAGACUUCUCCACCUCAGCACAAAAGCAGAUCAUGGAGGUGAUUAACACAGCCAGGGUCCAGCAGAACCUACAGGAUUUAGAACAUUCACAAGAUUCAGACCUGGAGCUGGAAUCUGGAGAGGAGCGCAGCGACACCUGGGUCUUCCCCCUCGUCCAGAUGAAGCCUUUGGGCAUUCGGCUGGAUGAGGAGGUAACACAGAGACUGCUGUGGGAGGCGGGUGGAGACUCCACAGUCUACUUGACCUCAGGUUACUUUAAUCUGACGCGAACCUACAUGAGACUAGUGCUGGGAGCUGCGGCAGAUUACCGCAUCCUCAUGGCCUCACCAGAGGUCAACGGAUUCUUCGGGGCCAAAGGGGUGGCAGGGGCCAUUCCUGAAGCAUACAUUCACAUUGCAGGCCAGUUCUACAGACAGGUGUGUGAUCUAGGUCAGCAGAGUCGCAUCCACCUACAGGAGUAUCAUCGGCCUGACUGGACUUUCCAUGCCAAAGGACUGUGGUACUACCUGCAAGGAAACAGUCGUCCCUGCCUUACUCUUAUUGGCUCUCCCAAUUUUGGUUACCGCUCUGUGCACAGGGACAUAGAGGCUCAGAUUGCUAUUGUGACUGAGAAUGAGGAGCUCCAGGCCAACCUGCAGCAGGAGCAGGAAAUGUUGUACAAGAGGUCCACAGAAGUGUCAAGCUCCACUUUCAAGCAGCCCGACCGUCAUGUUAAGUUAUGGGUGAAGUUGGUCACUCCUUUCAUUAAGAACUUCUUCUGAGGAGCUACGUGUCUGAGUUUCUGAACUUCUUACAAUCCAUUCAAGUUUUCAGGUUAAAACUCCAGAUGAAGAUUGGCCCUUGCAUGCAGUUCUUGUACAGAGCACCCGUAUACAUUCUUGGUCUCCUGACGUUCCACUGGGAUAGCUUUGAUGAAGAAGAUGACUGCCAUAGCAGGUGUCGAGACCUUUAGAUAAGCAUCAGCAGUUGCACUGGCUUGGGUGUCCCAUUGAGCUUCUGUGAAAAUGUUAAUUCAGCAUUUCACUUUAUUCCCACCGUGUUUUAUACCAAAGAGCGCACAGUCCAGGAUCCAGUCCAGAGAGGCUGCAGCACCGUCACCUUGCUCUACCAGGUAGGGCAGGGUAAACACUGAGGCUUUGUUCAGACUGCAUGCUUAAAUCAGAUUUUUGGCAUAUCUAGAUUGUAUCCAGGUGGUAGUGAUAGAAGUGAGGGGGACCAAGAAGAGCCCCAAGAGGUCAGAUGUUAAUUACUAAAGCUGACCUUGUUACCAUAGCAACCUCUGCAGAGGCAUUUGUGAUGUCCAGACAUGCAAAUCCGAUCUGAUCACUUGCAAAUAACAGAGCAGACAGCCACUUCAACAGAUCUGAUUUGGGAAAUGAAUCUGAUUUGCAUGCAGCCUGAAUGUAGCCUAAGACUGUGAUGUGUUCAGGCAUUUCAGGACUGGGUUUGGAUUAUUCUGGCUUUACAGAAAUGAUGGCACUCCACUGUGUGUCAAAGUUGUAAUCAAACACAAACACAAGUGUUGUCUGUAAUUCAGCAUGUCUUUGGCAGUGUGAGUGAAGAGAACUUCACUCAAAAUUUUAUAGAAUAUUCCUUUAAUGCAAAAAUAAAGGAAAAUAUUUGUGAAAUAAUAAGUGAUGUGAGAAAUGAAGGCUCUGUUGAGCUGCCCCAAUUAUUUUUUUUUUUUUACUUGUUUUUAUAGACAUUUGGUUGCUAUCUGUUUAAUAUACCAGAGAUCAGCAGUGUCUCGGUCUGUAUGUAUAUCUUGCAAACAUGAGAACUGAGAACUGUGCAAUUUUGUUCAAUUCUCAAGUUACUAUAUCCAGAAAAGAGCCACUGCGUUCUGAUAUAAUCCUCUGUUCCACAAGAUGAGAAACUUUGUGAAGCCAAAAGUGAAUUAUUCUAGAGGGCCUUAGCAAACGUUUAUUCUUUUAUUCAGUGACAGGGUUCUGCCUUCCACUCCUGAAGGCCUAAACUGUGGAACAAAAAUACAGGAAUUUAACCAUUAAUAUUAACAGAAAGGUGACACUGUACCAUGUUCAUGACUAAGCUGUGUUUUCUAAGUGUGUAAAGAAUCAUUUCACUAGCAGUUUACAAUGUUUAAAUAUUUUGUAUUAUUAUUAUUAUUAUUUGCAUUAUUUAAAAAAACUUCUGCCUGUUUGUUUAAAAACUGGAACCAGUACAAGAUCUGUUUUAAAUCUCAUUUCAUUUAGCUUUUUAUGUGUUGAAAGAGCUGUUAAUGUUAAGAUGAAUAAUAAGAUGAAUGUGUGUUUGGAAGGAGACCAAUAUGUACGAUACAGAAGUGCCGGUGAGUCGGGGUUUGAAUUGAUACUAUAGUCAGUCUAUAGUAGGUGGUUUAAUGUUCUACUUGAAGCCUUGUUUUAGGCCAACUGGUCAAAGAUCACGAGCCUUGAAAGACAGAUGUGUCCUUCUCCAUGUAGUAUAAGAAUAAUAUGUACUCAUUUUUCUGUGUUUUUUAUUGUGUUGUGAAGGCAACGUUUUUGACAGAAAAUAAAGCUUUAAGUGUUA